AUGAUUUUCUCAUCCAGGUUUCUCCACUCUUCCAUUUGUUAUAGGCCUGACAUCAACUUAAAUGAGAGUGACGACAGUCUUGAAUUUACAUCUAGCAGUGAAGAGGACAAACCCCGUCGAAGGAGAAAACAAUCCAAGAGUAAAAAGAGUCAACCAACUUUCCAGUUCCCCAAAGAAUGUCCAGUCUGUUUAGAGGCGGUGGAAACGAAACCAGAAAUGAUCAAACAUUUUGAAACACACAUCCCGGUGGGAGAGGGCUCAGAUGCGAUCAAGAAGGCUGUCAAGUUGAUCCAGAGCAAGUUGAAAAAGGGACACCAGUAUAACAUGGGUUGGUGCGAAGAGUGCAAGAAACUGUGCAUGAACUUCAGGGGUCACUUCAUGGCAUGCCACACUGCCAUUCUUCACAAGCUGUGCCAUCACUGUGGGAAGGUGGUGAAGAAUGCACGGAUGGAAGAUCAUAUGAUCUGUCACAUGGAGGUGGACGAAAGCGAUUACGUCCAGUGUCCCCGGUGUCCGUUGAAAUUCAAGCACAAGAGAUACCUUAAGGCUCACACGUACCGGGUCCAUAGUUUGAAGAGGACUCAGCAGUGCCCCACCUGUGGAAAGAUGUUCAAACGCGCUAACGAACUUAGUAAGCAUAAAGUGAUUCAUGCCGCAACAAAGCCUCACCCGUGUUCGGUUUGUGACAAGGCGUUUACCCAGAAAAGCAACCUGAGGAUACACAUGCGACAGCAUACGGGAGACAAGCCGUACGUCUGCGACGUCUGCGAGGCGGCUUUUGUCAAUAAAGUCAGCUUGAAAAACCACAAGAAGAAACUUCAUGGCAUCGACUGGUGGAAAGACAGAGAAGCGUUGAAGGAUCUUGAUCCUGAUCCUGAAAAGACUCACAGUCCAACCUUGUAA